AUGGCAAAGCAUAAUUCCCAUGUGAUUGCUCUAUUGUUCAUGGUAGACAUGUCAUCCAUUGUCCUCGGAGCAUACAACGUUCUUCUUGGUGCAUAUUAUGGACUUGAGAGUAACAACCUCCCAACACCAUGGAAGGUGAUGCAACUCUGUGAAAAAUACAACAUUCGUCGCAUUCGGAUUGAUGAACCAAAUCUCGAUGUUAUCGAAUCGUUUCGUGGCACGAAUAUCGAAGUCUCUUUUGGCGUAUCGAACGGGUUGAUAACAAACAUGGCGACCAAUCACACGGCAGUGGAGGAGUGGUUUGCCAACUACAUUGCACCAUUCAUCGACGAUUUAACCAUCAACUACAUCGUUGUUGGUGACAAGGCCGUACCUGGACUAGACGACAGCAUAUUGCCUGUCAUGAAAUCCCUUCAAGAUCUCCUCAAUCGUCGUUUCCUCGGACAAGUGAAAAUCACCACGUUGGUUGGAUUAUCCGCUUUGGGGGUUAAAGCCCCUCCCUCUAGUGGCGCUUUUGACCCAAACGUUUUUGAGAACAUGAGAGGAAUCCUUCAGUUCUUAUGGGGACAAGGGUCGCCUUUGAUGCUUAGUUUAAAUCCCUAUGAAGCAUAUGCUUAUAAUAAUAUAAGUUUGGGUUAUGCAACAUUCACUCCCCAAUUAGAACAAAAUCCCCCAAUACGAAUUGAUGGGAACUUAAGUUAUAACAAUCUGUUUGAUGAAGUGGUGGAUGCUUUCUAUGCCGCAAUCGAUAAGGCAAGUGUCGGACAUGUCGCCAUUGCAAUUGGGGAAACAGGGUGGCCGACCAACGGUGGGAAUGAUGGUGCAAGCCCAAAGCUUGCAGCUACAUACAAUAUAAACUUUAAGAAUCAUAUUAGCUCUGGGAAGGGGACACCAAUGAAGCCAAAUAUUUAUAUUGAAGGAUUCAUCAAAAGUUUAUUCAACGAGAAUGAAAAACCUGAAGGGGAGUCACGAUUUUAUGGUAUGUUCAAUGUUGAUUCCACACCUAUUUAUUCGCCUGUGUUUUAA